AUGGAGGAAACCAGACAACCAAGUGUAAACUGCCCAAAGCUUUCGGAUAGAGAGCAAAACAUGGCCUCGAUCGAUAGGCUCAGCAGCUUGCCGGACGAAGUCAUAUGCCACAUUCUCUCUUUCCUCCCGACUAAGCGCUCAGUGACGACCAGCGUUCUGGGAAGAAGUUGGAGAUUUCUAUGGGCCCAUGUACCAUGUCUGAACUUCAAUGUACGCAAUUUCGAUUUCUGGAAAGAAGAAACACAAGUCUUGGAUAUCAUCCACCAGGUUAUAUUGCAGCACAAGGCAGAAAGAAUGGAUACUUUAACACUCUGUGACCUCAACUGCAACCAGUAUCAACUGGAGACAUGGAUUACAACCGCCAUCGACUGUAGUAUCCGGAAGCUUCAUCUCCAACUUAAAAUAGAUACAAUCCCUCGAUCCCUCUUCAUCAGCAAAAAUAUUGUAGACUUGAAGCUUCGUGAUUUAUGUAGUAGAGUGUCACUCUCUGCUAUGGACAAUGUCUCUCUACCUAGCCUCAAGAAGUUUCAAGUUUCUAAUGUUGUGUGUGAGAAUGAUGAUGCACUUCCUCACUUUCUUUCUGGCUGUCCGUCGCUCGAGGAGUUGAUUAUGGAAUUCAUCUUUGUGGAGAAAGAUGAUUAUGUGGGCUGCAUAAACAUAUCAUCACCCACAAUAAAGAUGCUUAAGCUCAUUCCUAGCGUCGCUUUUGAUUGUACCGUUGAAUAUAGGGUGAUAAUAAAUUCCCCGGCCCUUAGGUAUCUCGAAGUGGGUGGCUAUGACUUGGAGCGUAUAACAAUUCCUAUAAGCAUUAUCUCCUUAGUUGAGGCGGAUAUCCGCUUACAAUAUUAUUGCUUCUCAAAUCUCGAAACGAAUUGCAAUUCCACAGUGGUGAAGUUUCUUCAUUCUCUGUCUUAUGUAAAGUGCCUAAAGAUAUCAGGUUGGAAUUUUGAGGAGGUAUGUUUUCAUUCUUUAAUCUCUUAG